AUGAAUUUUGUCAAGUUUCUUAAACCGAAUUUAACAUUACCUCUCAUAAGUUCAGUUAGGAAUAUUAAUUAUAAAUUUCCCAUGCCUACAAAAAAUUUAAAAGAACAGCUAGAAGAAAAAAAAGUUUUUAAUCCAUUGUUGGAUUUUAAAGUUGACAUAAGUUUACCUCCCCCUCCUCCAAAUGUUUCAAAAAAAGAGAAAAAAGAAAGAAUAAUGUAUUUAAAAAAAAGAAAAAGUGAUGAAAUAUUAGAAGCUAAAGCUAACAAGCUGGAGAUCGAUUUCGAUUUGGAUGAAGUGAGAGCAGAUUGGUUAAAAGACGAUGGACCAGAACACAUCAAAAGACUAGCAGAACAUUUUCAAAUAUUCGAUCAUCUUUUCGGUGAUGCUUAUUUCACACCUUAUGUUAUAAUGGAUAUUUUUCAUCCACAAAAAAAUGAAGAAUUAGUCGCACCAGUUUAUUGGGGUAAUAUUGUGAAACCUGAUGAAGCAUUCAUAAAACCUCAAGUUAAAUUUAAAUCUGAUCCGAAUGAAUUAUGGACUUUGAGUCUGGUUUGUCCUGAUGGACAUCUUACAAUUCAAAAUGGAGAAUAUAUUCAUUGGCUUGUAGGAAAUAUUCCAGGUGGGGAAGUGGGUAAAGGUGAAGAAAUAUGGGAUUAUUUACCACCAUUUCCUCCGAGAGGAGUGGGAUAUUUAAGAUAUAUAUUUGUAUUAUAUAAACAAGAGAAAAAAAUUGAUUUUUCUUCUUUAAAAAAUAAAUUGCCCAGGUUAGAAUUAAGCGAUAGAAAUUUUAAUACAUUAAAUUUUUAUAAAGAAAGACAAGAUGAACUCACUCCUGCUGGUUUAUCAUUUUUUCAAUCUGAUUGGGAUAAAACGAGUAGAAAAGUUUUUCAUGAAAUAUUAAAUAUGGAAGAACCCAUAUUCGAAUAUGAUCAUGUUCCAAAGCCAUUGAAAAAACAAAAACCUUUUCCUAACAAGGAACCUUUCAAUUUGUAA